CGCCUCACAUUGACGGACAGCGAGAUCCAGUGGCACCUUUCUCAGGUGUCUCCUGUGUUGUUGUGUGGUAAAUAGAUAGCUUCUACUCACUGCUGCUCAGAUGGGACCUCGCUCAUGGAGCGGUGACACACUUUCGUUUCCCAGCAUGCAGCAGGAGCUUUGGCUGAGGGCUCUUCUUGAUACCUGCGUGUGCAAUGAGAUCGGCCGCUGCACAAACACUCCCGACUAGACCGUCCGAAGAAGAACUCAGAAAUGCCUUAUCCAACAGUAUCGCAGGACACAACCACGUCUCCAACUCCAGCAGACCUGCAGCACAGUCCAGAACAAAGACGUCCACAGACGCAUCUAAUUGUAGUUCUUUGCAUCAUCAUGGCCAUACUCGAGAAAAUGCAGAUAAAUGUGAUGUUGCCGAGGGCCCCUGGAACCUGAAUAACCCGGUGAAAGCCUCAAGGAGCCAUCAGGAGCUUCACAAAGAGCUGUUACUGGCCCACAAAAAGCGGGACAGAGGGCUGGUGGUGUGCUGUAAGCCGGAGCUUCAGAUGGUUCUGGAGAGGAGGAAGAGAGAGCAGACCCAGAGAGAGGAGGGAGAGCAGAGCAGGAGUCCUCUGGAGCAGGUGCUCCUCGAACGCCAGCAGAAACAUCAGGAGAUGAUGGUCAGCAGCCUUAUAAAAAAGGAGAAGGAAGAGGAGCAGAGGGUACGUGAGGAGGUUCAGCUUUUGGAGUUUGUCCGAGUGAGACAGAACCUGAAGAAAGUUCACACAGCUCUACAGAAGAACAUUCACUCCUGAAUCUGACCAGAUCUGACUAAAGACAUGCUUCAUUUGCAAAUUGUUUCAUUAUAUUCAUUAUUACCUUGUUAUUAGCAUUUCUCACAGUCUGUUCACUAUACUUUUCAUUGUGUUCUGCAAUAAUUAAAUAAUGUUAAAAAAAAAAGCACACACCUGGUAAUUAUAGUUUCCUUCAAAUACCAUUAUUAUUACUACAAUUAUUGGUAGGCCCUGGUACUGUAAAACCAUAUGAAAUCUGCUAAAAUCAAGAAGAGGCCUGUAAAAGUUAUCAGCAUUAUUGUAAUACCACAAGGUCAUUAAAUAAAUAACACAAUUCUACCAUGCUACAUGUUCAACCAAAUGGUUGUCAUCUAUGUUUAGUAAAAAAAAUAAUAAUAACAGGGUAAAUUAUUACUGUGGUAAAAUUCCGUGUUGAAGUAUUUAUAAAUGUCAGUAUUGUACCGUUUAGUUUUGUCCUAUUGUAAAAAAAUAUAUAUAUAUAUAUAUAUAUCAAACCCUAUUUAUUGAAACAAAUAAACAUGGUUUUGUUUGAUAAAACAUUCUGCAAAUAUCAAACUUCCUGUGUUUGCAAUAAAACGAUCCAUUUGUGAAAAUA